CCUCGCAGCCUCUUCGUAAGCAUCACUGCGCACAUCCCCUUCGGUAUUCAAGCUUUAAACGCAGCUGCAACAUCCUGCUGCUUCUCGCGUCGUUACAGCGAUACAACGCAUAUGGUCCAAGUUCCGGAAAGAAAAAAAAGAGUUCGUUUAGGCUAAAGGAUUAAUAACAGGCGGAGGGAAAGGAUGCUCAUGUAGCUUUACAGGAGGGCUGGGGCGAUCAAGAUCCUGUUUUUGAAGUGACGGUGCGUUACCUCUUUGAGCUCUGCAGGCCUAACUAACCUCCGAGCCACGUCAACGAGGCACUUUCAGGCACUGCUGGCCCUGGAGGUCUUCGUGAAUUUUGGACUCAUGCCCAGGCUUAGGUGGCCAGGACAGAGGGAAUAAAUCAAGCCAAGUCCCUAACUCAUGCCCUGACAUCAUGAGUGCUGCACCUGUUCUGUUCUUUUGUGUAUUGCUGCUAUACACGAAAGGUGCAGUGGCAGAGCAGUGCUGGCAGGGGGCGACGUUCUCGAACACCAUCAUCUCACCCAACCUGAAGAGCAGCAGUAUCCUCCGCGUGCCGGAAGUGUCGUCCCUGGUGCACUGCGCCGAGGCCUGCUGUGAUCUCCCGGGCUGCGACCUGGCCUGGUACUUUGAGCACCGCUGCUACGUCCUCAGCUGCCAGCGCAAGGAGAACUGCCAGCCCAAACAGCGGCCCGGCACCGACUCCUACGUGGCCUUCCUGCAGCGCGGGCCCCCUCAGACCCUGGUCCUGCAGAGUCUGGUGCGAGGGCAACCCUACCCAGGCCGCUGGCGUCCCCUCCUGAGGCCCAAGGGCACCGAAGCCCUCGAGGACCUGGGUCUGCUCGACGGAGUCCAGGGCUUUGAUGACUCUGCCCAGGCGGAAAUCGAGUACCCCGAGGGCUACCGGAGCUCAGAGGAUGGGGACAGGGUCAGGGGCAGCAGCUUGGUGGGCUCCAAGGCGGAGCUGAAGGAGAGCUCUGGUUACCUCGAUUGGCCUUCUGUUCCAGGACGGGAGGGUCUUAACCUUUCAGAGGCCGGGGGAAGCCAAGGGGAGAAAGAUUCUCCUCAGGACUCUCUGCAGAACCCAACCAAGAGCAGCCCUUUUCUGCAGGGCUCCACCCCCAGUAUCUUAGAUGCUGUUCCAGCUCCACUCACUGACUCCGGCCCCACCCUCAGGUCCCCAGUCCCUGUACCAGAAGGCUUCAGUGACAGUGAUAUUUCACAGAAUGUGUCAUAUAGAAAUCUGGAGAGCACACCCCUACUCCAGAACAGCAGUGCAAACUCCACCUCCCAGAGUCAAAUGGGAACUUUGCCGCCCACAGAUUACCUCCCACCUGUGUCCAGUACUCCAGCUGCAACUGCCUCCUUACAGCCAGGCAGGAUCCUGCUAGUGUCUGUGGGAGAGCCUGUGGCGGUGUCUCUGCCGAAGAACUCAGUGCAGCUGAACGCAUCUGUAAUAUCUGAGCCACAAACCAAGACCACAUAUGCUUACGAGUGGAGUUUGAUUAGCUACCCAACUGACCACCAGGGAGAGAUGGAGGGCAAGCACAGCAAGUCUGUCAGGCUGUCUGGACUGUCCACAGGCCUGUAUGCUGUGAAAGUCUGUGUGACCGGGGACAGUGCCUAUGGAGAGGGAUUUGUGAAUGUUACCAUUAAUGCUGCAACUCAUGUGAACCAGCCACCCAGAGCCAUCGCCUCUCCUGAAAGCCAGGAGGUCACCCUCCCUGCUGAGUCUGUCUUCAUUGAUGGCAGCCAGAGCACUGAUGAUGACAGGGUAGCCAGCUACCAUUGGGAGGAUGUGGCCAGCCCACCACGGAAACUCACAGGCUCAGCGGACACCGCCACCCUCCGCCUGUCAGACCUGGAGGCUGGGAACUACACCUUCAGACUGACGGUGGUCGAUUCAGACGGGCUGACUGACUCUACCCUAGCCUCAGUGAGGGCCAUCAGACCAGUGGACCUGCCCCCAGUAGCCAACGCUGGCCCCAACCAAACCCUCACCCUACCCCUCAACCACGUCAUCCUGAGUGGCAGCGAGAGCAGUGAUGACCACGGAAUCACUGACUACUCCUGGACCUUCUGGUCCAGCAGCCAGGGCAUAGACCCUACCAUGCAGGGUGAGAGGACUCCUGUCCUCCAGCUAUUUGAUCUACAGGAAGGCCAGUACACCUUCCAGCUGACUGUCACUGACUCGGCAGGCCAGAAAGCUUCCUCUAACGUUACGGUCCUUGUGCAGCCUGAGAAGAACAAGGGCCCUACUGCAGUGGUGGGGCCAGACAGACUGCUGACCCUUCCAGUGAACAGCACCAGGCUGGAUGGCAGCAGCAGCACUGACGACCAGGGCAUUGUCACCUUUCACUGGGAAUCCAUCAGUAGUCCUCCUGGGAUGAAGAUAGAGGAUGCUGACAAGCCAGUGGCCAUGGCAACGGGUUUGGGGGCAGGCAGCUACAUCUUUAGGCUGACAGUGAUAGACCAGCAGGGGGCAGCAGACAGCACGUCCCUCACUGUCACUGUCACCGAAGCUCAGGAUCAUUCCCCUGAGGCUCAUGCCAGUGGCAGCCACACCCUGAUCCUGCCCAACAACUCCCUGGUGCUGAGAGGUUCGGUUUCGGGUGCUGACCCAGCCAAUGUUUCCUACCUGUGGGUGCGAGAUGGGCAGAGCCCUGCCGCUGGGGAUGUCCUCUAUGGGUCGGAAAGGGAGGCCUUUCUUCACCUGGCCAAUCUGGUGGAGGGGACGUACCUGUUCCAUCUGAGUGUGACUGAUUCCCAGAGCCGCACCAGCAAGGCAACCGCCACCGUGGAAUUGCGUCCUGACCCCCACAGGAGGGACGAGGUGGAGCUGGAGCUGCAGGUGGCCGUGUCCCAGGUGUCCCAGCAGCAGAGGGACACGGUGGUCAGGCAACUGGCCGCACUUCUCCACGUGCUGGACUCUGACAUCAGCGUGCAGGGGCUGCAAGCACAGUCUGACGUCAGCACCACGCUGAGGUUCCGUGUUCGGGGACGGGACGGGCCGAUGCCAGGCCCUCAGCUCACCCGCCUGCUGCGACUCCUGCUGCUGCGGGAGAAAGCUGACUUCCUGCUCUUCAGGACCCUCAGGGUGGACACUGCUAUGUGCCUGCUGCGCUGUUCAGACCACGGCCAAUGCGAACCCUUCACCAAGCGCUGUGCCUGUGACCCCUUCUGGAUGGAGAACCUUAUCCGCCGUUUCCUUGGUGAUGGAGUGAGUAACUGUGAGUGGAGUGUCCUCUACGUUGUCCUGUCCUGUUUCAUGGGGAUCAUCCUCGUCAUGUCAGUCAGCUGGGCCUGUGUGUUCUGCUGUAAAAGGAGAAGGCGUACAAAAGUGAGGAAGAAAACAAAGUACACCAUUCUGGACGAUAUGGAUGACCAGGAGAGGAUGGAGCUGAGGCCAAAAUACAGCCUGAAGCACAGGAGCACAGAGCACAACUCCAGCCUGAUGAUGUCAGAGUCAGAGUUUGACAGCGAGCAGGACACCAUCUUCACCCGAGAGAGGCCGGACAAGGGCAAGCGCCACUCCAACGGCACCACCAAAAACGGGGAUGCCUUCGGCUACCACACCGUGGACGGGUAGGCUUCACAGAGCAAGCCUUCAGGGGUACGAUGGGCACUUCCCAAAGAGACUGCUGACAGGUUGGAUGAAAUGUACACGGAGCCUUGCAAACCUGGGGAGACUUCCAAUCUGCCCGGAAAUACAGACUGAUGAAUGUACUGUGGGCUCCAGAAUUAUUGGCACCCCUGAUAAAUGUUCACAAAAAGUGCUGUAAACUAAAAAUAAUAGUUAUUGACAUGCUUUAUUCUCCAACAUGCGUAAAGUAGUACGCUUUAUUAAUGAUUUAUUAAGGAAUCAACCACCAAAGUUUUUCUUAGUUUUUCCCCAAAAAAGGUUCCACAAUUAUUGCCACCCCUGGUUUCAAACUUUGUGCAGACACCCCUGGCAAAGAUGACAGCCAGAAGUUUUCCUAUAGUUUGUGAUCAGGUUAGAGAACACAUUUAUAGAAUAUACUUUGAUACCAUUGGGAUACCCCCUUCUUCAGUUCAGGUCACAGGUUUUUCAUGGGAUUUAAGUCUGGAGACUGAGAUGGCCAUUGCAGAACAUUUAUUGUUGUUUUUACUUAACCAUAUCUGCCUGGUUUUUUGAUGUAUGGUUGUAUCCAGCUGGACAAUCUACCUAUGACCAAGUCUCUGCCAAGAUUUCCUGUUACUCUGUUGAAUGCAUUGAUCUUAAACAGUGCCCCUGGACCACUGGCAGCAAAACACCCCCAAAACAUCAAUGACCCACCACCGUCUUUGACAGUAUGUAUGAGGUGCUGCUCCUUGUAUGCAUUCCAUUUUGCUGCCAAACAUAUCGAUGGUGUGUAUAGCCAAAACGGCCACAUCUGACCAUAGCACUCUCUGCCAGUCAUAAUCUCAAUGAGGUUUUGUUUAUUGUGCUCAUCUUACCGUUCCUGGGGAUAAUAUGCACUUGCAUCCUAUUCCUGGCAAGUUUGCAACCAUUCCAUAUGUUUUCUGCCUUUUUAUUAUUGAACUUACAGUGCUAAGGGGUAUGUUUUACCGUUUAUAUAUUUUUUACAAAAACAUUACCCGAUGAUGUGAUGGUGAAUAACCAUGUGUCUCUUCUGAAUUGAAAGUUCUUUAGCUUUUCAUGUUGAUGGUUGACAAAAGGAUUUUGCAUGCUUGUGACCUCAUUUUUAUACUCCAGUGAUGGAAUGACAGUGUAGUUCCUUCAGACUGAGAUUAACUAAAUGAAAGUCUGAUUGUAUUGCCAAUUUCACUUUGAUUUUAUUCACAAUAAUUGAUAGGAGUGGCAAUAACUUUGGCACCUGUGGUUUUCAGAAAAAACAUUGAAAUGUGAGAGUAAAUCUAUUGAAAUAAACUUAUAUAGUUUUCUUGUAUGUUUGAACAUAAAAUAUGUUUUGUUAUCCAUGUUGUUAAUUAUAUGCAGCCUUUUUUCUCCAUUUUUAUUAAGGGUGCCAAUAAUUCUGGAGCCUGCUGUAGAUGUAAUUAUUUGAAAUUCCCCCCUCACCCUCAACCCCCAGAACUGAUUCUCCUUGACUAUUUAUAUGCUUCAAUAACUUAUUUUUGGUUAAAAAAAUAAGUUAUUUCUUCAGGUGGCUUUCAACUGCACACAAAUCCUUUCUCAGAGAGUAUGGUGUAUGGCGUAUGGGGACUGCUUCAAUGAUGUAAUGAUGCAAAAAAUUAUAAUCAUCAUGUAAAAAGUUAACGGUGUGUCUAGGGCUGUUCAAUUCACCAGUUCACCUCAUUAUAGUCAUUUUACAAAUUUUAAUAGAAAAUUCUAAUUAAUUUGCCAUUUUCUGGAAAAGGCAGUAGAGGUUACCAUUUGGGCAUACCAGGUAAAACACUUUUACACCACUGACUUAUACAGUGAAUAACCAAAAUGUCCAACCAAAGAGUUCAGCGUCCUGAAUCUGAUUUUCUCACAGCAAUCCCAGAUACCUUCUGGGAAUGUUUGCUACAGAACUAAAAUAUACAAUUCAAGCUACAUCUAAAAAAGGCUAUUUUGAGGCUGAACAACAGAAUGUCUGGUAGAAUAGGACUACGCUUUGAAGAAUGCAACUCAUCAUUGUACAUUAUCCGUUAAAACAGCCUGAUUUCCAGCUUUGUUUCCAAAAUGCUACUCAAUGUACUCUACUGUAUGAUCCUCCCUAUAAAGAAUGAGGAACUGAUAUGACAAGUUAAAAAAAUAUUUGUAAAAAAUAUAUAUACAUUUUGCACUUUCAUAUGUACAACAGGACAUAUUGCAGAGCAAUUCUACAGAAUAUGUGUACAAUAACAUGACAAUAAAGGACACAUUUUUAUAGCCUUGGUGAAGAGACGCACACUGCUCAGAAAAGCUAUUGGGGGGAGGUGCGCCCAGUCUUGUUCAGUCACUAGGUGAGAAUUUACUAACGGGCAACAACCAACAACCAUGGUUAAACUGAAAGUAAAACUGAAGUGGGUACACAUUUCUUAAGGGCAUAUUCAGCAUACAGAUCAGAAUAAUGUGCAGAAACAGUCCUGUGUUGCAAGCAGAAACUGCACAUGUAGGGGAAUGACAGAGACGAGAGGAGUAGGUGAAAUGAAUGAGUAUGGAGGUAACCACAUUUCAUUAAAAUAACUCUACACUGUAAUUUCAAACAUAAAAAAUAAUGUUCCUUCUCUGAAUACAUUGAGUGGAGUAUCAUCAUUGAUAAUUUGUUUUGCCAUUGUGUAAACAGUCACUGGACUGGUGAACUAAUUGUACCGUUAUGAUUGUGUGAUCAUGUAAACUAAAAAAUGGCAGUGUCACAAAUAUUUGCUUUUACUGAGGGUGUUUGCUUUCUGCCCACAAGCAGAUUCUCUCCUUCGAUAAAUCUGAACUCCAGAUGUUGAUAUAGAUGGACCAGACUAGUACAUCUAGUGGAGUUUUCAAAAUAAAAUUUCAAAAGGCUUCAACAAGCACUAAUACAGAUGUCACUUUUCCUAUUCAAAUAAAUGAUAAGGUGCACAGUUUCUGUAAUGCACUAGCUUUUCAGCCCAAGAAAGAAAGCAAGAAAAGAAUUAUAAUCUUUUUAUUUACGUUACUCUAUUAACAUUUACAACUGUAAGAAAUACCCUGGGUUAUGUGCAAUAACACAUUCUGUAAAUAAUGAAAAUGGCACUUACAGACAGGAAAGAUCUGGAAGCACAAGACCACAGUCAUACACACUUCAGAUGAGAAUACGGUCUGGACAGGUUAGAUGUUCAUUAUACGGGUCUAUGAAUCAACUUCUUCACAUAUCAGGCUGAAACAAGUUAGAUUCAACAUUACUCAAAUCAUGACAUGACAAAAUAAGUUAAGCUACAAUUAAGUACCAUUUUAACAUUUAACAGUAGGCUAUCCGAUCGGCUGGUCAUAGGUCAACAAAUCACAUUUGUUUAUUGAUAUAAAGGAAAAUAUUGAAAUAUCCCAAUUAAACAAUUUUCACAAGACUUUGUAGAAUACAUAUUUGAGCAUUUACAGUUUUGUGCUCUACCACGGGCAAGUGAGGCUUCAACUGCUUAUACUGGUGACAGGCCAAUCUAAGCCAACCAGAACACUGCUCUCAGUAGCUGAACCACUCUGAUUCGCAAAAAUCAGUUGAUUUUUUGCCUUAAAAUAAAACAAAAACAAUUUUGUUCAUAAUCAUAUGAAGAAUAUUUUGAUGUGCAUCUUUUAGCCUUGUUAGAAUUGUGUGUGCGUUUUUACUGGUUUCAAAAUCACAUUAAAUUCAACAUGU